AUGGCGCUCCCCGGUCGCAAGCCGCAGCAGCUUCAACGUGGAUACACAUUUUCACGACAGAACAUCUACGCAGCCACGAACCCUCGAUACCCGGCAGCAAAAGAAAUCGCGGCCCGAAUCAAUAUCGUCGUCUACAAAGAACCCCGGUUCUAA